AUGGUGCUCGCAAAGUCCAAGAACUCCGUCGGGCUGGGCAACAGUCUGAUGAACGAUCGUUUCGGCAAAGGCAAAGCAUCCAAGGAGAAAAAGGCCUCGCACAACGGCGCCAUCGCGCGUAAGGGUAUCAACGGCGAAACCUAUAUUACCAACGCCUCCGAAGAUGCCUCCUGGGUCAAGAUGCGCUCUAUCACUGAGCAGGCCGCCCUCGAUGAGUUCCUUAGCACUGCCGAACUGGCAGGUACUGAUUUCACCGCCGAAAAAAUGAGCAACGUCAAGAUCAUCCACUCCGACCAGAAGAACCCCUACCUCCUGUCUGCCUCCGAAGAGAAGAAUAUUGCCAAGAAGCACAAAGAGAACAAGGCUCGCUUGACGGUCCCCCGACGACCCAAGUGGGAUAAAACGACCACCCCGGCGCAGUUGGAAAUGGCGGAGCGUGAGAGUCUGUUGAAUUGGCGACGUGGAUUGGCGGAAAUGCAGGAGAACCAGGAUCUGCUGAUGACCCCCUUCGAGCGAAACUUGGAGGUUUGGCGUCAACUGUGGCGUGUUAUUGAGCGCUCGGAUCUUAUCGUGCAGAUUGUCGAUGCGCGAAACCCGCUCCAGUUCCGCUCGGAGGAUCUGGAGAACUACGUGAAGGAGAUUGACCCCCGCAAGAAGAACUUGCUGUUGGUCAACAAGGCCGAUAUGCUGACCGAUAAGCAACGAGAGGCCUGGGCCGAUUAUUUUGAGAAGCACAGCAUCAAUUUCCGUUUCUUCUCUGCGCAUCUCGCCAAGGAGAAAAUGGAGGCUCAGCUGUUGGAGGAAGAGGAAGGCAAGUCCGACAGUGAAGAGGAGGAUCUUGCCGAGUCCACACAGAAGAUGAACGUUGAAGACGAUGCCGAUGAGGAGGCUUCUGAUGAGGCCGAUGAGCAGGAGAAGGAGCAGAAAGAAGAGAAGGAUGAGGCUGCCGCUAAACUGGCUGACCCCGAACAAUCCCUCGGUGCCCACAUCCUAGACGUGGAGGAACUGGAAGAACUUUUCCUCGCCCACAUCCCCGAGACGCUUCCUCAAAACCAGGAUCCCUCGGAGGAGUCGAAGCAGAAAACCACUAUUGGUCUGGUCGGUUACCCCAACGUGGGUAAGUCCAGUACCAUCAACGCUCUGCUUGGUGCCAAGAAGGUGUCUGUUUCCGCCACCCCCGGUAAGACCAAGCACUUCCAGACUCUGUACCUGUCCCCAGAGAUCAUGCUGUGCGAUUGUCCCGGUCUGGUCUUCCCCAACUUUGCCUCCACCAAGGCCGACCUCGUGGUAAACGGCGUCCUGCCAAUCGACCAGCAGCGCGAGUUCACCGGCCCCGCUGGCCUGGUCGCCAAACGUGUACCGAAGUCUUUUAUCGAGCAAGUUUACGGUGUUAAGAUCAGGACUCGUCCCGUCGAGGAGGGAGGCACUGGCAUUCCCACUGCGAGUGAUAUCCUUCGUUCCUAUGCCCGCGCUCGUGGUUUCUCGACACAGGGUCUAGGUCAACCCGAUGAAUCCCGUGCUGCCCGUUAUGUCCUCAAGGACUACGUCAAUGGAAAGCUUCUCUUCGUGCACCCUCCUCCUCGGCCCGAGAACGAAGAACCCAUCGACCCUAACCUCUUCAACCAAGAGCUUUACGAUGUCGCCCAUCUCCCAGAGAAACGUCAAGCCAUGCUCGCCGGUUCGGUCGUGGACCUUGAUGCCGAUGUUGACUCCGACAUUUCCGCACUUGUUGCCGGUAAAAACGAAUUUGGUGCACGCUCCCGCAACAUUGACACCGGUUUCUUCGGCUCUGCCACCGGACCCUCGGCCGGCCGCCUAAGCGUGCCUUUCAACCACAAGUAUACCGAUCAAGGCCAGCAAAUGCGCACAAACGUCACGGGCCGCAAGGAGCGCAUGAUGAUUGCGCUGGAGCGCGGUAUCGAUGUUUCGGAGGUUCGCAGUUCCGGCUCCAAGAAGCAUAACAAGGCCAACAAGAAGCGGGCCAAGCAUGUGCGCAAUAACCCUGUCGACGAAGAUUACAACUAA